UUUAGCCAUGUGCAAUAAAACUGACUGACUGACUGACUGACUGGUGCCAAGCCCCGCCCACCAGCCAAACUGGCCUGUGGUUGGUGAGAGAUGCCAGGAUGUGGCUUACAAUAAUUGAUUAUAAUUGUUUGUUUAAUGAUGAGAAUCCAUUCUAUAGUCUGCAAGGAGAAACUGUUUUCUUCUUCUUCCCCUUCCAGGGUCUGGUGACGUUUGAGGAGGUGGCGGUGGAUUUCACAGAGGAGGAAUGGGCCUUAUUGGAUCCAGACCAAAGAGCCCUGCAGUGGGAAGUCAUGGUGGAGAAUUAUGGGAUUCUGGCUUCCCUGGCAGGAGAUGGGUGGAAGAAUGGGAAUGAAGUAACACCGUGCGCGGUCUCCUUGGAAAAAGCCAGACGUUCAGAGUGGGAAGAGCAGAAAAGGGAAACUGAGAAGAGGGAAAAUCCCUUCCUUGCUUCCGGCAUCUGCAAAAUCACAAUGCACGAAAAGACGGACACCGAAAAGAAGCGGAUCGUGUGUGCCGUGUGCGGGAAAAGCUUCAGCCGCAAAUCGCACCUUAACGAACAUCAGAGAAUCCACACUGGGGAGAAACCCUACAAAUGCGCCGAGUGCGGCAAGAGCUUCCGCCGGAGCACAGACCUCUCUUCUCAUCAGAGAACCCACACGGAAGAGCAGCGGUUCAAAUGCUCCGAGUGCGGGAAGAGUUUCCGGGGGAGCUCGGACCUCCGGUCUCACAAGCGGAUCCACACCGGGGAGAAACCGUACGCCUGCUCUCUGUGCGGGAAGAGCUUCAGCCACAGCAUCAGCCUCAACUCUCAUCAGAGAAUCCACACAGGAGAGCAGCCGUUCAAGUGCUCCGUUUGCGGGAAAAGCUUCACGCGCAACACGGGCCUGACUCUGCACCACAGAAUCCACACCGGGGAGAAGCCGUACACUUGCUCCUUGUGCGGCAAGAGCUUCAGCCACAGCAAAAGCCACGCCAUCCACCUCAAAGUGCACGCAGGGGAGAAACCCUACACGUGCUCAGAGUGUGGGAAAAGUUUCAUCGGGAGCUCGUAUCUUAAGUCACAUCAGAGAAUCCACACAGGAGAGAAGCCCUAUACGUGCCCUGUAUGUGGGAAAAGCUUCAGGUGGAGUACAAACUUUAACGAACAUAAAAGAAUCCACAGGGGGGAGAAUAUGGUGAAUCCUAGGAAUCCCUGGAUUGGAGAAAGUCCCCCUGGUAAGGCACAGAUCUUCAUAAUGGAGGAUUCACUCAGGGUUGGGCUGGAUGACCCUCCGGUGUCCCAACUCAUUCGAUUCUAUGCAGCUAAGCAGAAACAUGAAGAGAAGCAGAAACCCGGAAAGCAGCUUCUGGGGGGGGGGCCGGCGGCGGCGUGUGCAACUGUUGCGCUGCAAAAAGUCUGGCCUAUCUUUGCCCAAUUUGUCCCCCUUCCCCCCAAAUCCCAAUGGUUAGGAGGAAGAUGGUGGCCGGUCAAUGAGGCUUUUCAAGCCUCCUGCGGGUCUGAGGAGAAGGGCAGCCUGAAGAUGGAAGGGAGAGACACGGAUGCCCCAAAAACAGGAAGAACCCCCCAAAAUGUCAAGACUGUGAGCAGCAGGGGGUUCUGGGAAAGGAUGGUGCAGAAGGACCGGGGCAUCCAUAGGCCACAUGCUGAGUGCCAACGCUUCAGGGGGGUCGGCUGCUGGGAUGACCAGGGACCCCGAGAGGUUUGCAGCCGACUCUACCAUCUCUGCCGUGAGUGGCUGAAGCCGGAGCGACACACCAAGGCUCAGAUCCUGGAUUUAGUGAUCCUGGAGCAGUUCCUGGCUGUCCUCCCCCCGGAGAUGGAGAACUGGGUCAGGGAAUGUGGAGCAGAGACCAGUUCCCAAGCGGUGGCCCUGGCAGAAGGUUUCCUCCUGAGUCAGGCAGAGGAGAAGAAACAGGAAGAGCAGCAGGCCCUGUUAGGAGAAGUCGCUGCUGAGUUCCCCAAGGCAGAGGAGACAUCGCCAGAGGAUGCCACGCGGAGGCUGUUGUUCAGGUGGAUGGUGCAGGAGGGCGAUGGAGGGACCGCCAUGCCAGGUGGCGGAAAGUCGCUGGGAAUGGCUACAGAAUCAUCUCCUCUCUGUGGUGGAUCAGAAGCAUCCGAUUUGCAGCUGGAUCCGGUUCCGGUGACGUUUGAGGAGGUGGCUGUGUAUUUCACGGAGCAGGAGUGGGCCCUGUUGGAUCCGGGCCAAAGAGCCCUGCAAUGGGAAGUCAUGGUGGAGAAUUAUGGGAAUCUGGCCUCUCUGGCAGAUGACGCCUGGGUGAGCCGGAACGAGGAAAAGCCUCAUGGAGCAUCCUUUAAAAGGGCCCGAUGUACAGAGGGGGAGGUACAUAGAAGGACAACGGAGAGCAAUGCAAAAGAGAUAAGGAGGAACAAAUCUGCUUUUGAAGGGACGUUUUCCCCUGAAAUAACAAUUCAAGGGGAAAUGUGCCGUGCGAAAACGUCAUUUCCGGAGGCUGACUUUGUCGAGGCAGAAACCCAAGAAGAAAGGAGUGAAGGCAAGAAAAAGAUUGAGUGUGAGGUGUGUGGGAAAAGCAUUAGUAAAUCCCACCUUAACGAACACAAACGAACCCACACGGGGGAGAAACCUUUUCAAUGCUUGGAGUGUGGGAAGAGCUUCAGUCGGCGGGAACACCUUACUUCUCAUCAGAGAACCCACACAGAGGAGAAGCCUUACACGUGCUUGCAGUGUGGGAAAAAUUUCAAACACAGGAAAAACAUGACAUCCCAUCAAAUUAUACACAGUAGGGGGCUAACUUGCAACUCCUCGGAGUGUGGAAAUUGCCUCACUCCCAGCCUUACUUUGCAGCACCACGCUCUGGAGAAACCAUUUAGAUGUUCAGAGUGUGGCAAGAGUUUCAGUCGGAGCACAGACCUGAGGUCACAUCAGAGAAUCCACACAGGGGAGAAACCGUACUCGUGUUCAUUGUGUGGAAAGAGCUUCACCCACAGCCGAAGCCUGAGCUCCCAUAAAGUCACGCACACAGAGGAAAGACCGUUCGAGUGCUCAGAGUGUGGCAAGAGCUUCAGUCGGAACACCAGCCUUACUAUUCAUCAGAGAAUCCACACAGGGGAGAAACCGUAUACGUGUUCCCUGUGCGGGAAGAGUUUCAGUCACCGAAGAAGCCAUGCUAUUCACCUAAAAGUGCAUGCAGGGGAGAAACCUUUUACAUGCUCAGACUGUGGGAAAAGCUUCAUCGGGAUUUCAUACCUCAAGACACAUCAGAGAAUCCACACUGGGGAGAAGCCAUAUACAUGCCCCGUGUGUGGGAAGAGCUUCCGGUGGAGCACACACUUCAAAGAGCACAAAAAAAUCCACGUGGAGGAGACUCUGGCGAAUCCUAGAAAUGCCUGGAUUGUGGAGAAAACUCCCAAGAGAGCACAGAUGGUCGUGUCAGGGGAUUCACUCCCAGGAGAAAGGAGAUAUACAUAGACUAGUGCUUUUCUGCCCAACUAAACUAUACUGUCUGACAGAUAAUUCACAACAGGAGAAAGGGUGGGAGUGAGAAAAUAGAUGCUCAAACUGUGGCUGAAACUCCAU